AUGGAGUCCUCAGAUGGACUUUAUGCUGCAGCAGCAAGCCUGGGAAUUGACUUGCAGGUCUUUAAUUCCUAUUCAUCUGAGUUGACUGAUGAGAUUAUCUUGAGCUGCAUUGAACAAGCCACAAAGUCGAUUAGGGGCGUAUUUCCUCAAAUGCCUGAAUCAGAAUCUCUUGCAGAAUCAUUCCUCACCAAGUUUCCUUCAGUUAAUGCUUUGUCGGCUCAUGCAAUACUGUCUUCUGGAGUGUCUCUUAUUGAGUUUCUCAAAUGGUCUCAUGAAAAGAGGAUCCAUGCAAUCCAAAAGUAUCAUGUCCCUGAUGAAAGUCUCAGACUAUUUAGUGCGUUAUGCAGAUAUGGUGAACGUGGAGAUUCUAAAUCAAUAAUGACAGACUGCUCCUCUUCAGUAUCUUCAGGGCCAGACUCGGGAAGAUAUAACUUCAAUGUUUCUGAAAGAAAAAGAAGAAAGUAUAAUGGUAGUCCUGACAAAUGUCAUAUGCAAAUGAAUGACUCCUUGCAUCUGGAGCCGUUGACCAUAUUCACUGAUGCCAUUCUGGAACAUCCUGCAGUUUCCAAGCUACAUGAUUCCUGUAUGUCGAAAAGCCCUCACAUAGUCGAUGAGUUUAGAAAGCCCAGAUUCUCUCACAAUGACUUGUUUGAUGAAGAACAGGUUUUGGAUAUGGCUAUGAUGAAGAAUCCUUUUAGGGUUUCCGAGCAAUAUGAUUCUCAGAUCUCCAAGGAGCCUCAGUUAUCAAGUGGAACAAAAAGGACUGUUUUUUCUUUAGAGGAUAAGAUAUCAAGUCAGAAACAGGGACCAAAUAGGGCUGCGAUGGACAUCUUUGAUUUCAGAGACCUGAAGAACUCUGAAAACCGGCAUGAGUAUGUAAAAGGAGAAGUUAUUGAUCUAACAGAUAGUCCUACAUUUGAUUUGGACUUCUCGUCCAUCAACAACUCCAUGGAAUUUUCAUCUUUGAUGCCUGAGCAUGAAAUGGAUACCAUGAGAAAGUAUAAAGAUGCAAGAAAAUUGUCUUUUGGUUCAAGCAGUCACCGAACCUUCCCAACAGCUGCUGAAAUCGACUCAAGUACAACUGUUUGGAGUUCUGUAAACAAACUGAGACAGAGUUCACAAGUUAGAGCCGACAAUCUCACAGAUAUGGAGCUUGAAAAGAAUGUUUUUCCUCCAAGACAGCAUAAAAAUUUCAUAGAGGAGAGUUUCAGGCAGAGGUCCAGUGGAAUAUCUCAAGUUAUGCAGCUCCACGAGAAUGAUAUAUCACCUUAUGGAGGAACACAACUCUCAAAUGCUCUCCAUUCAGGCACUCCACAACAAAACAGUCCCUGGACAAUAGAGUUUCUAAACAAAAUCAAGGAAAAGAGUAAGUUGCGCCAGCAGUCAUUUCCGAGGGACUUAUCAAGCCCUAUAUUGGGGUAUUCAGGUAAUGCGCCUAAAGUUACUAAGAGAAGAAGUCCAUCCAUUCUUGAAUUUUUCAAGUAUGAAGGUGGUAACACUCCGAGAAAGUUACCAGAACGAAAAAGACAGAAGCGACCGGUACAAUCAUCACGCUCAUCCAAGGUUGAAAAGAGUUCAUAUGCUCUUACUGCAUUGACACCAGCUGAUAAGAGAGCAAGACAGGUUCUCUAG